GCUGGUCUCGAAACACUUCUUUCACGUUGAGAGUAGCCGAAGGCAUUUUAAGUUCUCCUGUUGAUAAUGUUCAGCGGGUUCGACUCUUAUUUGGAGCUGAGUUGGAUUUUUUUCUCUAGGAUAUGCUGCGAUAAGCAAACGUCUUCAUUUUUUGGCAGUUGGUGGUUUUGCUGCUGAAAUAUCCGCCAACAACAAAGCACGAUCAAGCAUCACAACAAUCAUAUCGCGGACUUGGGUUGCAUUUGAUUGGGAAGUUGCAGAUUGACGCACCCGUUGGGAAACCUAACCUAUUGUUGUCUCACUCAUCAUCUGAUUGUCCUAUUAUUGUGGGUGAAACCACUCACAUUUUUAGGGACAUGUCGUCACUAACAGAUGAGCAAAAAGCCCGAAUGGAGGAAAACCGAAGAAAAGCAAUGGAAAUUAGAGCGGCCAAGAUGAAACAGCAGAUUCCUACACAAAGCUCUGCGGCAGCUAGUAAGCAUUCAUUUCCCAUAAGCAACAAUCCAACAACUUACCCAAAGAAGACAUUUCCAAAUACUCCUCCUGGUGCUACACCUCAAAAGUUUUAUUCAAUUCAGUCUUCGAAGAAAAGUGUUUCUGAACUACGUGGAGAUUUGACACUAAUAUCUGAAGAUCGGUUUGAGUUGAACAUGGCUUACCAUCAGACCACUAUUGAUGCCUUGAAAAAAAUCUCAGGAAGGGAGUAUGAUUCUGUUAAAAAGAACUGGAAUUUUCCUCUUGCCCAAUACAAUAAUGUGCUAGCUACUCUCAAGAACUUAAAUGUUCUUGUUGGUGAAUUGUCUCCAUUGGUUAUCAGUACAUUUUUGAAACGUAGAAAAUACCCUUCAGACAUAGAUCUUGCACGGAUUCACCCAUCAAUGAGAUCCACUCUCAUGGAUUUUCAAAUUGAAAGUGUAAGGUAUGCUGUGUCAAGAGGAGGUCGGGUGUUGAUUGCAGAUGACAUGGGUCUUGGUAAAACAAUACAAGCCCUAGCGAUUGCUGACUAUUACCGCAAUGAAUGGCCUCUUUUAAUAGUGUGCCCAUCUUCCAUGCGUUUUCAGUGGGUGGCCGAAAUUCAUAAACAUUUAAUGCAUGUAAGUCCUGAGACAAUAUUUGUCAUCACUACCGGGAAAGAUGCACUUGAUAGCAGUUUUCAAGUAAUCAUUACUUCUUAUGACCUAAUGGCAAAAUGCAAAGACAAACUUCUUGUUCGGAAAUUUGGUGUGGUUAUAAUGGAUGAAAGCCAUAGUCUCAAGAACCCUAAGGCAAUAAGAACAAAAGUUGGCACAGAAAUCUUGAAGAAAUGUAGUCGAUGUGUUCUGUUAAGUGGUACUCCUGCUUUGAGUCGUCCAGUUGAAUUGCACUGUCAAUUGCAAGGUGUAAAACCUCAGACUUUCAAUAAGUUCAUGGAAUUUGGUCUUAGGUAUUGUGAUGGUAAAAUGUCACGCUUUGGCUGGGAUUUCACUGGCUCCAGUCAUAUGACAGAAUUAAGUGUUGUCCUGAAAGAACUCCUAAUGAUCCGACGUCUGAAAGCUGAUGUCCUCGCUCAGCUGCCUCCUAAAAGAAGGGAAGUUGUUAUUUUGGAAUCAUCUGGAAAAAGCCUGAGUGAAACAUCAGAGUUUGCCAAAGCUCUUCAGAAAGAAGGGUUGAAAGGCCUGGAGAAACAAAGCACCAUGUUCUCAUAUUUCAUGGAGACUGGUUUAUCGAAAAUCAAUGGAGUGGUACAAUAUAUAUGUGAUAUGCUCGAUAAUGGAGAGAAAUUUCUUGUGUUUGCUCAUCAUGCUAAAGUUCUUGAUGCAAUUUGCAAUGCAGUUGAAUCAAAAAAGACUGAUUACAUCCGUAUUGAUGGCAGUGUGCCUUCAGACGUCCGCAAGCAACUGUGCAAUCAUUUCCAGGAACAGGAGAGUUGCCAGGUUGCUGUGCUGUCCAUCAAAGCAGCUAACACGGGCCUAACACUUACAGCUGCUCGUCUAGUUAUUUUUGCUGAACUAUAUUGGAAUCCUGGGGAUCUUAUACAGGCUGAAGACCGAGCCCAUCGCAUUGGACAGGCAGAUAGUGUACUCGUGCAGUACCUCAUACAAGAGAAAUCAGUUGAUGAUAUAAUUUGGCCACUUAUUCAAGACAAACUGAAUCUUCUUAACAAAGCUGGGUUGUGUCAGGAUAAAUUUGCUGUGGAGCAGGUGCAGAGCAAAAAGCAAGAGAAAGUAGAGUCUGAAGCUGCUGAUUACUUUCUCCCAGAUGAUGAUGCUGUAUUGGCAGAGCUUAACCUUGAUGAAUUGGAAAACUCUUUUGAAAUGCCAGAAAAGAAACCUCGUUUUCAAUAAUAAUAGUAAUAAUAAUUGAAAAUUAGUAGUAAUUUUACAAUUAAAUGUCAUUCCUCUUGAUCUCAAUGGACACUGUGCUGUAUUCUUUCUUGUAAUGUCCCUUUAAUGGCUAUUUUCUGUAUACUUAAAAUGAAAUGGUGAGCUCAAAACAAGGAAAGACUUGUGACAAUUAUAUUCUGUGAUUUUGUAUUUGCAUGCACAUGUAUUUGUAUGCUUGAAGUUAUGAAAUUAAAGUUUGAGAUUAAUAAAUUUCAGUUAAACUGCA